GACGACGCACGGCCCAGAGGACAAAGAGGCCUCGAGGCUCGCCACAGCCUCGCACACGCACCCACCCGCGCGCCUCUGCUCCUCCCCUCCCCGUUGACCCACCAACGACCUCCUCCUCCGCCGCCCGCCCGCCCGCCAUGUCCGACAGCACCCACCGCGAGAGAUCCUGCUGCGGCAGCCUGUUCACCUUCCUCGUCGCCGCCGGCUUCGUCAUCCUCAUCUACUGGGCCAUCUUCCAGCCGCACCACAUCCGCGCGACGGUCAGCUCCGCCACGCUCGCCAACCUCACCGUGGCCCGCGACAACGCCACCGUCUCCUACCGCCUCACCGUCGGGCUCGAGCUCUACAACCCCAGCCUCCGCGUGCCCAUCUACUACGACGCGCUCGACGCCGAGCUCCGCGCCGGCGGCGGCGGCGCCCCCCUCGGCGGCCCCGCUGCCCGCGUCGCCUCCUCCCCGGCGGAGUUCCUGCAGCGCAGGAAGAGCGCCGACACGGUCAGGCUGGAGUUCGACGGGAGCGGCGGCGUCGGCGUCCCCGGCGACGUCGCCGGGGAGCUAGCGAGGGGGGCGGGCGCGGGGGCCGUGAGCUUUGAGGUGGACGUGGAUGCGCGGGUGCGCUACAGGUUCGCCAGCAUCAAGAUCCGCCAGAAGCCGAGGAUUUGGUGCUGGCUCACGGUUCCGGUCAAGCCGGAGGGUGGCGUCGGCGUCGGCGGCGCUCUGGCCUCCGGCGAGCGUUGUAGCGUUAAGUACUGAUGAAGCUUCUUGGGCAGUUCUCUGCCAGUCUGGCUGGAGCCAUCUUGUUUGGAGAUCCCACGGUGUGCCGGUUUGAUGUCGAUUUCAUUUUUGCAAAUAUUCAUAUUGUUGGUGUGAUGUGUAUUUCUGUAGGAUUGUUUGCCUGUCAUUGAAUAUUGGUUGCAUUCUUGGGGAUUAAUUCAUUGAUUGGCUGAACGGUUGAUGUCAUUUCA